GCGCUGGUAGAAGGGUUCUACUCGAUCAUCCCCGAAGAGCUGCUGGAGCCUUUUGAUGAGAACGAGCUCGAGCUCAUGCUCUGCGGCACUCCCGAGGUAUCGGUCGAGGAUCUCAAGCGUAACACGCAGUAUCCGAGGAUGACGAACCCGCUAGGAGUGCCUGUCAUCCAGUGGUUCUGGCAAUGCGUUGAGAACAUGUCAAACGAGGAUCGAGCUCGACUGCUGCAGUUCGUCACAGGUUCCUCUCAGGUCCCUUCCGGGGGGUUUCAAACGUUGGAGCCCAAGUUCAACGUCCAGCUCAACUUCGCUCCUCCUUCUCAUCUCCCGGUCUCUCACACCUGCUUCAACACCAUCGAGCUCCCCGACUACCGCUCCUUCGAGCAGCUUCAGGAUCGUCUGGCCCUCGCCCUCAAGGAAGGAGCGGAAGGCUUCGGAGAGGCUUGA